AGCGCGGGGCACUGGCGGCGGAGUAUGCGCGGGCCUGGGCGGCCAGCCCCGGCGCACAGCCGCGGCCGAGGCGCGCGGCGCGGGGCGGAAAAGCCUGUUUACACAGACUGCACACCGCCUGGGGAAUAAUGCAGUAAAGGAAGUGAGCCGGCUCGGCCUGACUGCUCCAACUUCCUGCUCUCACACACACCAGAGGGGGGAAAAAAAGAGGAGCGAAAGAAAAAAAAAAGGGGGAAAAAUCAGGAUCUCAUUACAAGAGCAACAGACCGUCUGCAGACGCCUGUCAGCAUGGAAAGUCGGGGGCUUUCGCCCGGGUCCUCCUAGAAAUUCCCCCGAAGAAGGAUCUGAAAGCUCCCCCACAUCUGGGUAUGGAGAGUGCAAUCACGCUGUGGCAGUUCCUGUUGCAGUUGCUGCUGGACCAGAAACAUGAGCAUUUGAUCUGCUGGACCUCGAACGAUGGUGAAUUCAAACUCCUCAAAGCAGAAGAAGUGGCCAAGCUGUGGGGACUCCGAAAGAACAAGACCAAUAUGAACUACGAUAAGCUGAGCAGAGCCCUGAGAUACUAUUAUGACAAGAACAUCAUCAAGAAGGUGAUUGGGCAGAAGUUCGUGUACAAGUUUGUCUCCUUCCCGGAGAUUCUGAAAAUGGAUCCUCACGUGGUGGACAUCAGCCGGGACAGCCUGCUGCUGCAGGAGGGCGAGUGCCAGGUGCCCCCCGAGGGCCGCGAGGGCCACAAGCCUGGUCUUUCCGCCCUCAAGAUCACCAGCCGUAACGAGUACAUCCACUCAGGCCUGUACUCGUCCUUCACUAUUAAUUCCCUGCAGAACCCACCGGAUGCCUUCAAGGCCAUCAAGACGGAGAAGCUGGAGGAGCCACCCGAGGACAGCCCCCCAGUCGAAGAAGUCAGGACUGUGAUCAGGUUUGUGACCAAUAAAACCGACAAGCACGUCACCAAGCCAGUGGUGUCCCUGCCCUCCACGUCCGAGGCCGCGGUGGCAUCUGCUUUCCUGGCCUCAUCCGUCUCGGCCAAGAUCUCCUCUUUAAUGUUGCCAAACGCUGCCAGCGGUUCGUCCACCUCUCCCUCCUCGUCUCGGUCCCCGUCCCUGUCCCCCAGCUCGCCCCUCCCUUCUGAACACAGAAGCCUCUUCCUGGAGGCCGCCUGCCAUGACUCGGAUUCCCUGGAGCCCUUGAACCUGUCAUCGGGCUCCAAGACCAAGUCUCCAUCUCUUCCCCCUAAAGCCAAAAAACCCAAAGGCUUGGAAAUCUCCGCGCCGCCGCUGGUGCUGUCGGGUACCGACAUCGGCUCCAUCGCUCUCAACAGCCCUGCGCUCCCCUCGGGGUCCCUCACCCCUGCCUUCUUCACUGCUCAGACACCAAAUGGACUGCUCCUGACCCCAAGUCCACUGCUGUCCAGCAUACACUUCUGGAGCAGCCUCAGUCCAGUUGCUCCGCUGAGUCCUGCCAGGCUGCAAGGACCAAACACACUGUUCCAGUUCCCCACACUGCUUAAUGGUCACAUGCCAGUGCCAAUCCCCGGUUUGGACAGAGCUGCUUCUCCAGUCCUGCUUUCUUCCAAUUCUCAGAAAUCCUGAUGAUGUCUCGCCACAAUUAAGGACUAACUGGUGAAUCAAAAAUGUCCCCAUGCGCUACUUUACCUGUGUCAUGGGAAAGAUGUUAUGAAACUCUGUUAAUUUGGUUUGCACUUUUCAUGACAUGGAGAGUCUACAUUUAUGUUAGCAUUUUAAAAACUGUUUUUUUUUUUUUUAUAUAUUCAAGUAUAUAUGAAAAUCUGUUUUGCAUUAAGUGAAUUUUAAUGUUUUUGUUUUUAUAUCUUCUUAGCUCUUAAAUGUUGAACACUGUUGACAGUGAAGAACUUUUUUUUAAUGGUUUUCAUUAUAACUAAUAAGGCUGUGAAGCUUUUUUUCUCAUUAAUUCUGCAUAUGCUGAACUGUGCUUAUAUACACUAUAACCAGCUGUGCCUUCUUUCCAUUUAGUUUUAUGUAAAUGGUUUAUAUAUUUUUUAGUAUUGAGAGAAAAUGUGUGAAAGAUAAAAAUGAGUUAUCAAACAGCUAUUAGAAUUUCAUUAUUUUUCACAAGUGGGCAAUAUGAAAGCAUAUUCCUAUCACUUUUUCUUUUUUUGCUUUCAAUUGUAUAAAAAUUGCCUUAGAACCUCUUCUGAACUGAAAUCUAGUAAAUGUAAUGUCCAAGUAAUGUUUUUGUAAGAAUGAACUAAGCCAUAUUUAGACAAUAAACAUUCAUAAAAGAAAACAUUUUAAAGUGCAUUUUUUAAAAAAAAAAAUGAACUUUGAAAGUCUCAACUCGUAUCUGUGAACAGUAUCUUUUCUAUUUCUUGCCCCCAAAAAAUCUGAGCUGGAAAAGCUACCCCAAGUUCACACUAUCCAAGCCCUUAGAACAUUUCCUAGGUUAGCAUGUUCUCAAUCUAUAAAAUUAGCCCUGGUUCUCUCAGUAGUCCAUAGAACAGGGGUCCUCAAACUUUUUAAACAGGGGGCCAAUUCACUGUCCUUCAGACCGUUGGAGGGCCGGACUAUAGUUAAAAAAAAACCAAACAAACUAUGAACAAAUUCCUAUGCACACUGCACAUAUCUUAUUUUGAAGUAAAAAAAACAAAGUGGGAACAAAUACAAUCACAUUGCCUCAUGUGGCCCGCGGGCUGUAGUUUGAAGACCCCUGCCAUAGAGCAUCCUGAGCCCCGAUACAUUUAAGGUGUCAGUGUGAGUCAGGGUUUCUCUAAAUCCCUGGAACAAUAAUUCAAAUUUAAUAACUUGAUGCUUUGGAAGAGGCUCACAGACCAGUGAUAAAUCUAAACAACAAAGAAACAAUUCUGUAACAUCAGCUACCUUUGUGCAUGUACAGGUAUUCAUAAUUUUUGAUGGAUUAAAAAAAAGUGCUGUAAUGCAAAUUGAGAACGAGGGGUAUGGAAGGCCUGGCUUGUGGAAAUUGAGAGAAAUUCAAGCUACGCUGCUUUAUAUUUUACAACAUUUAUGGUGAGAAUGAAGGAAAUAAGACAAGAAAAAUUCUUCAGAAACCUCAUUGUUGUGGAACUGAUUACCUAACAAUUUGGAACACUGCAGUCAAUUCCUGUGUAGUCUGGAGCAGUGAUAACAAACACAUUUUCUGUUCCUUUCAAAAUCCCGUCCAAAGGCACCACACCUGUACAUGAAGUAGAAUAUUCUAAUGCAGGAUUUGAGAACUGGAAAGUACCAACAGCUUUAAAUUCAAGAUUAGGUUCAUUUAAUUCUUUAUUAAAAGUAAAAGAAAUCAAGGGCGGCGCCUGUGGCUCGAGUAAGGUGCCGGUCCCAUAUGCCGGAGGUGGUGGGUUCAAACCCAGCCCUGGCCAAAAACCACAAAAAAAAAAAAAAAACCCAAAAGUAAAAGAAAUCAAUUUGAGAUAUAACUAAAUAACUGAUCCAACGAGGCAUUAAAUGGCAGAGAUUAGGAGAAAAGGUAAAAAAUGAGAAUUGUUGAAAACAUGUUUCUUGAAUUUGAAAGAAAAUCUGAAAUAAUUGAUUUGUUACUUACAGAUUCUGAAGUGUAAAACUGGAAUCGAGCAUCUCUUUGGACAUGUGUGCCCUGAUCAAGAGAAAAAAAUCCAAAAUAUGCCUUUUUGGCUGUAAAGUAAUGAGACUAGUUCCAAAAUCCACAAAUAGAAACUAUCCUUAACCUGUUAGGGGGUGACAUUAAUUUCAUAUUAUAAUAAAAGGAGCUGGGCCAGGGAGCUGAUAUUUACUGAACAUAAAACGUUGGUGCUAUAGGGCCUUUGAGGAUGCUUCUCACUACCUGUUUCCAGCUCAGGACAAGGGCACCCCAGAAGCUGGGAGUUGCCUGAGGCCACACAGCCCCCUGAAGGAAGCCAAUGAUUGGUGCUCAGUCUAUUCCCCUCAUGCCUCUAGCUAUGGUCCCAAACUGUAUGUUAAGUAAAAUACCAGAUAAAGAUAGAGCAUUUAAAAAUUGUUUUGCCAGAUAAGAAUACAAUAUGCAGGAUUCUUACAGACCAAAGGAAAUUAACCUACAAAAAUCUCAACCCAAAAUAUUUAGUAUAAUUUUUACAAGUAAAUGCUGACUGAAAAUAUUCAAGUAACUAUAAAUCUGAUUUUUGUUUUCUAUUCCUCUAAAUAUCACGAUAUUCCCUAGAUCCAUUUAUUAGAAAUGGAAAAACACCACAAUUUUUGAUGGAUCAAAAUUCUUGCUGUAUAAUCAGAGAACUGGAGAUAUUGAAGUAUAAUUCUUAUAGCUCUGCCUCAUCCUGUUUGUGUGUGUGUUUUUAACAGAAGUAUUUUAGUCAGAAAAUAGGUUUCAAAGAACAUUAAGAAACUUUAUUUCCUUUUAAUAUGUCUUCUUGAUCAGUGUUAAAGUGCUAUGGCUAAAGUUUUAUAGAACUAUAUAACCUGAACGUUGGUCUCUUUGUACACGUAUUUUUUAUGACUGCAAAUCUUCAUUCACUUUCAUAUAUGUAUCAUUUUUACUGUCAUAUUAUUUUUGUUCAAUAAAUACUUUGUGAUAAAAGGUG